CAGCUUGUUGUUGUGGAGGCCAAAAUGGCGGCUCAGGCGGCGGCGGCGGCUCAGGCUGCGGCGGCCCAGGCAGCGCAGGCCGAGGCGGCUGAGUCGUGGUACCUGGCGCUCCUGGGCUUUGCCGAACACUUCCGCACUUCCAGCCCGCCCAAGAUCCGCCUGUGUGUGCACUGCUUGCAGGCCGUGUUCCCCUUCAAGCCGCCGCAGCGCAUUGAGGCCCGAACACACCUGCAGCUCGGCUCCGUGCUCUACCACCACACCAAGAACAGCGAGCAGGCGCGCAGCCACCUGGAGAAGGCGUGGUUGAUAUCCCAGCAAAUCCCGCAGUUUGAAGAUGUUAAAUUUGAAGCAGCAAGUCUUUUGUCUGAAUUAUACUGUCAAGAGAAUUCCGUUGAUGCAGCAAAGCCACUGCUGCGGAAAGCAAUCCAGAUCUCACAGCAGACCCCAUACUGGCACUGCCGCCUGCUCUUCCAGCUUGCUCAACUGCACACACUUGAGAAGGACCUGGUGUCAGCCUGUGACCUCCUGGGUGUGGGGGCCGAGUAUGCCCGGGUGGUGGGAUCUGAGUACACACGGGCACUGUUCCUGCUCAGCAAAGGGAUGCUAUUGCUGAUGGAGCGCAAGUUGCAGGAAGUCCACCCACUGCUGACCCUUUGUGGACAGAUAGUUGAGAACUGGCAAGGGAACCCCAUCCAGAAAGAGUCUCUGCGUGUCUUCUUCCUGGUGCUCCAGGUGACCCACUACUUGGAUGCUGGACAGGUAAAGAGCGUGAAGCCAUGCCUGAAGCAGCUGCAGCAGUGCAUCCAGACCAUCUCCACACUGCACGAUGAUGAGAUCUUGCCCAGCAACCCCGCUGACCUCUUCCACUGGCUGCCCAAGGAGCACAUGUGCGUGCUUGUCUACCUGGUGACUGUGAUGCACUCCAUGCAAGCUGGCUACCUAGAGAAGGCACAGAAGUACACAGACAAGGCCCUCAUGCAGCUGGAGAAGCUCAAGAUGCUCGACUGCAGCCCCAUUCUGUCCUCCUUCCAAGUAAUCCUGCUCGAGCACAUCAUCAUGUGCAGGCUCGUCACAGGACACAAGGCCACAGCGCUGCAGGAGAUCUCCCAGGUCUGUCAGCUGUGCCAGCAAUCCCCCCGGCUCUUCUCCAACCAUGCAGCACAGCUGCAUACACUGCUGGGCCUGUACUGUGUCUCUGUCAACUGCAUGGACAACGCUGAAGCCCAGUUCACCACAGCUUUGCGGCUCACCAAUCACCAGGAGCUGUGGGCCUUCAUCGUGACCAAUCUGGCGAGUGUGUAUAUACGGGAAGGAAAUAGACACCAAGAGGUACUGUACAGCUUGUUGGAGAGGAUCAAUCCAGACCACAGCUUCCCUGUCAGCUCGCACUGCCUCCGAGCAGCAGCUUUCUACGUGCGUGGGCUCUUCUCCUUCUUCCAGGGACGCUAUAACGAGGCUAAGCGAUUUCUGCGGGAAACCCUGAAGAUGUCCAAUGCAGAGGACCUGAACCGGCUUACAGCCUGCUCCCUUGUGCUCCUGGGCCACAUCUUCUAUGUGUUGGGAAACCAUAGGGAGAGUAACAACAUGGUGGUGCCGGCCAUGCAGCUAGCCAGCAAGAUCCCAGACAUGUCAGUGCAGCUGUGGUCGUCGGCCCUGCUAAGAGACCUGAACAAAGCCUGCGGGAAUGCCAUGGAUGCCCAUGAAGCUGCCCAGAUGCACCAGAACUUCUCGCAGCAGCUGCUCCAGGACCACAUCGAGGCAUGCAGCCUCCCUGAGCACAACCUCAUCACGUGGACAGACGGCCCGCCUCCUGUGCAGUUCCAAGCUCAGAAUGGACCCAACACCAGCCUGGCCAGCCUCCUGUGAGACCCCUGGACAGGGCCACUCAGCCUCUUCGGGCCUCUGUGGGGCCUGGUGUGUCCCCGACUUCCACCCAGAUGGCACUUGAGCUUUCCUUAGAGACGUGCUGGCGUGGCUGUCCCCAGGCUUCUUUCCCGACUGUCUCCAGAGCUUCCAAGUCCCUGGGGAGUGUGGAGGGCCAAUUCCUGUCCUCCCAGGAAGGGCCGGCUGGCCGUUCUUGCCGAGUACCAGGAGUCCGGGUGCUGAGGCUCGCAGGUGGGAUUUUGGAGCCAACUUUCCAGAACCAUCCUUCACAGUGGACUUGAGCUGCCAGUCCUGCUUCCACGUCUGAGUCAUAUCUUCAAGAGAGUGUGUCUGGGCGGGGAGUGGAGUGCCAGCCACCAGCCAGCUCCUGAUCCUGCAUGCAGGGGUGGUCAUUACCACGAAGGUGCCACAUGACUUCCAUUGCCUGGGCCUUUAUGCUGGGCUGGAGUGUUUCCUCUGCUCAUGGCAGCUUCCAGUGCCCAGAGGCAAGACACCAGUUUCUGGCCCAAAAUUAGAGGGAAGAAGUCAUUGCUCAUGUCAGGGACAAAAAUGCACGUCCCACCACGAUGCUUUUCCCAGCUUGCCUUUCUGUCCAGCUCCAUCCUUUUGGCAGCUGGGACCUCUAGCUAGGGGCCCUGGGGAACCCAGGAACUUGGCUUCCAAACAUCUGCACAUUGACUGGAUUCACUGUCCAGCCGUGGGGGUAUAUGUGUGUGCGUGUGUGUGUGUGGCUUCACAGAGCUGGCACCCAGAGCAGAAACCUGUGUUUGCACCAGCCACCCUCCCCCUGUCAGCGUCCAUAGUGCGGGGCAAGAAGCAAGGGAGAGGGACCUUCCUCAGCCCAACUCAGGGUGCCGGAUCAAAGGGGCUUGCUUUCUGGCAGCUCUGCAGCCUCCUUUGUGGAGAAUGUUUGCAGACACCUGAAGCUCCACCAGCCUGCAGGCAGCCACUCCCUUGGCCCCCUGCCCUGUUUUCAGAGGGAAGGAGGAGGAAACCUACCUGCCUUGGGUCUCAGAACAGCAUUGAAAACUUUUCCUGAGCUGGACCCCAGGAGGCUCUGCCAGGCCCAGACAGCCAUUCUUGGUUCUGUGUUCCUCUUGGUUAGUUGAGGAGGUGCCCCAGGUGAUAGUGACGUUGGGGGCAGUCAAAGCAGCUGCCGCCUUUAGCUUCCGGCACCUGGGAUCAUCUCCCUGAUGAGGGCUGGUGAGUGGUUUUGCUAGUCACAGCUGCUUGUUUGUUCAAGUUUAGUCACCCAGCACCGUGAAGGCUUUUUCUCGAAGCCUCAGUGUCCGUGAAGGAAGGAAUGUUGGGAUCACUCAGGUCAACUGCCUGGGCCCUGAGGCCUGGGUGUGCCUUAGCCAUAAGCAGGCCUGUCAGCAGACCUUCCUGCUCUGGGCCACUGCCCAUAUCAGGGCGCUACUGCCCUCUUGGGGGCCCGCAACAGGCAUGCAAGUGAGCUACUGGUUGAAGGGACAGGCUGGCAGAGUUUUGUCCUAAGAGGACCCGCCCUCUCUGUGUCAUCCUGGGUCACUCGAAAGAGUCUGGCCAUCUCCCAUGCUCCCUGGGGCUGCCCCCUUGAUGACACCACUGGGCCUGUGAGGUCUGCAAAUGUGGGUCUGACGUCUGGUCAUGAGCUGUCCACAUCCUGUCUUCCUCCCCCCCUCAAGGGUGCCCCCCAGGUCCUCCCCUCCACCCAAGGGACAGAGCACCUGUCUUGCUAUAGGCUGCGCCUGCAGGCCUGGACCCCACACUGUCGAACCUCUCCAGACCCACAUUUCUUCAGUCACACUUUACAUCAUGCUUGUCUCUGUGUAUUUAUUUAAACCUGUUAAAGUGCUUUUAGUGACCACUUUGUUAUCUAUGUAUAUGUAAAGUUAAGGUUAAGUUCGUAAGUUUACAGUUAAGAAUUCAGUACUCGAUAUUAAAUAUUCCACUCUAGAUUUAUGGAAGCCAACCCGCGUGUACUGCAUGCGUGCGUGUGUGUGAGCUUUGAAUGUCCCCUUCACUGCAGCACCUUUCAAUUACAUAAAGCUGUCAUAAUCUUCCUGUGAGUCCAGAUUCAGUGCCUCACAGUUUCUCAAUCAUAAGAAUUUAAGACAGAGCAAGCAAGCCCCCAGGGAGACAUUAUAGCUAGCGUCAUAUAAGUAAGUGUUCAGGAAAAAACAGAUAAAUAAAAACUUCAAACCCUUAAGCAUACAGGGGUGCGAGGGAAUAGCAGAAAGAUUCCUGUUGGCAGGUAAAUUAAAGCUGGUCAAACCCCUUGUGUGCGCCUUCCACUUCCUCCUAUGAGCAGUGGUGGCCCUCAGGGCCUACGGUUCUGGGGACGUUGGUCCAGGAGGUGCCAGGUUCCCUCGGAGACAGCUGCCUUCCCCUGUUGGAUCCCCCCAGCCGUCCGUGGGUGAGGCCAGGGUCCUCCCCCUUGGGUAAGCACUCCCCGUCCCAUUUAUUGGGAGCACAGGCAGGGAAAUCGGAAAGGGCUGCCUGGCACAGUUGGUAAAUUUGUUGGUUGCAUUGUCUUUGUUUCCUUUAAGGGUUUUCAAUAGUAUGUUUGGCAUACGGUCUUUUAAUGGGUUUGCAGUGUCUUAUGUUUUUAGCAGCCUGUAUCUUCAGCUGGUGCUUUUAAUCAGGAAAAAAUUCUGUAAAUACAAGAAUUGUUUAAAAGACAUAACCGUAGAACAUAGCUUCUCGUUUGUAGGUUUCUUUUCCUAUAUAUUCAAAGUAAAAUAACUCUAGGGAGCCAUCA